GUUUGCCCGUGUUGGCUUUAAUCCACGGCGGUGGUUUUAUUCUCUACUGUUUGCUGCUAGCGCUGUUCGUCUGGGAACUCGAGAGAUCGCUGGGGACGCGGGGGUGAACCAUCUUUUCCACUUUUGGUGCACCAUGGAGAUAAAGCGGACUCUGCUGCUGUUCUCCUUGGCCUUGGUCCUAUCAUCUGUUAUUGCAGAAGGUCCACAUACAUGCCCAGCUAAUCUCGAGGCCAAGUGUGAUGGUGGUUCUUCAGAUGGCUGGGAAGGCGAGUUCUUCCCAGGCAUUCCAAAAAUCAAAUAUGAAGGUCCAACCAGCAAAAAUCCACUUUCUUAUAAGUGGUAUAAUGCUGAGGAAGAGAUACUUGGAAAGAAAAUGAAGGAUUGGUUGCGAUUUAGUGUUGCCUUUUGGCACACCUUUCGUGGGACUGGUGCUGAUCCUUUUGGUGCCCCAACAAAAUCAUGGCCAUGGGAGGAUGGUACAAAUUCUGUAGCCAUGGCCAAAAGACGAAUGAGAGCACACUUUGAAUUCAUGGACAAACUUGGAGUUGAUAGGUGGUGUUUUCACGAUAGAGAUAUAGCUCCAGAUGGUAAAACACUUGCGGAAACUAAUGCAAACUUGGAUGAAGUGGUAGCUCUUGCCAAGGAACUUCAGGAGGGAACUAAAAUUAAACCUUUGUGGGGCACAGCGCAACUUUUCUUGCAUCCUCGCUACAUGCAUGGAGCAGCUACUAGCUCAGAGGUUGGAGUUUACGCUUAUGCGGCUGCUCAAGUCAAGAAGGCCAUUGAGGUAACAUACUACCUAGGAGGAGAGAACUAUGUUUUUUGGGGUGGACGUGAAGGGUAUCAGUCACUUCUUAACACUGAUAUGCAAAGAGAGCUUGAUCACUUGGCAAGAUUUCUUCAAGCUGCUGUUGAUUACAAGAAGAAGAUAGGGUUCAAUGGAACUCUGCUGAUUGAGCCCAAACCACAAGAACCGACAAAGCACCAAUAUGACUGGGAUGCUGCAACGGCCUUUGCUUUCCUUCAAAAGUAUGGCCUUAUAGGAGAGUUCAAGCUGAAUAUUGAAUGUAACCAUGCUACUUUGUCUGGUCAUAGCUGUCAUCAUGAGCUUGAAACUGCAAGGAUAAAUGGAUUACUUGGAAAUAUCGAUGCAAAUACUGGUGAUCCUCAGAUUGGUUGGGACACAGAUCAGUUCCUUACAGACAUUGGAGAGGCAACCUUAGUUAUGUUAAGUGUUGUGAGAAAUGGAGGACUUGCACCUGGUGGAUUUAACUUUGAUGCAAAACUGCGGAGAGAGAGCACUGAUGUUGAGGACAUGUUCAUUGCUCAUAUUUCUGGAAUGGACACAUUAGCCCGUGGACUCCGAAAUGUUCAAAAAUUAACCGAGGAUGGUUCCCUGGCAGAGCUUGUCCGCAAGCGCUACCAAAGUUUUGACACAGAGAUUGGGUCUUUAAUUGAGGCUGGCAAAGCCGACUUCGAGACACUUGAAAAGCAGGCCAUGGAAUGGGAUGAACCUUCUGUUCCAUCCGGAAAGCAGGAACUCGCGGAGAUGAUAUUCCAAUCUGCACUAUAGAUUAUUAGGUACUUUCAACUUUUGUCAUGGGAGAUCAGAUUCGUAUAAUAAGAACACUUCCAUGACUUCCAAGUAUUGUACAGCGUAGUCUAGAAAUAAAAGUUGCAACCUUUGUACACUCAAAUUACCGGCUCCCGGGAAAACAACUUGAUUUUUGCCAAUCAGUGACGCUUGUGAUUUUGCAAGAGAUAGAUGUGAUAUCUCCAUAUUAGGGGUUCAAUUAUUUUCUGUUUAAUUUGGUUUAGCUCAACAUAUUAGUUUAUCA